AUGAUAAAACGUUUGGCUCGCGCAUCAUGUUACGAGUGCACAAUCAUAACGGCCAAUCCUGGUUAUCCUAAUGGUGCUGCUGGAGGCGGUAGCAGUGCUAUGAGUAAUGGUGGAGUAUCAACAAUAGAAAGUAAUAAACGUGGACACCCACUUAAAAGUUUUAGUGUACCCGGACCACCUCCAACAAAUGGACCUUCAGCAAUUAAUAAACAUGCUCCAGCUGUUACAAUACGUCCGCAAAAUCAAUCACCCUAUAAGAAGCCCUCAUUCUCAGCAGCUACACCCAAUCGCCUGCAAGGUGGCCCUUCAGUAACACAUUCCACAGAUGAAAUACAAAGACUGGCGCCGAGUACUUCAACAGAGGAACUUAAUCAAGAGAUGGCCAAUUUGGAAGGACUUAUGAAGGAUUUAAGUGCAAUAACAGCAAAUGAAUUUGAAUGUUAACAGCAAAAAAUGAAAUAUAGAAUUAAACACAAAAGCGACAACGAUGCAGUUUUUACUAAAAUAAUUUUCAAACGAUUCUGCGAUGCUUUUUAAUUAUUAAUGCCAUGUUAGCAAAAUAUAUUUAAUUUAUGUUUAACUGUAUUUGAUUAUAUGGUACAUAAGUUAUUAGCCUUUUUAAGUUUUAAAUCAUUUAAAUGCCUUUA